GUAAUUUAAUUAUGAAAUAUUCUUACGAUUAAAUUAGAGGAGCACCAUAGGAAGAACAAGGAGGGGAUAUGUAACAAAUUUUUUCAUUUUUACUGGCAUUUGCAGGAACUUGGAUGAAAGUAAUUGAAAUUGUUAAAUUUAGCAAAAAGUCUUUAUUUGGAUUGCAUUUUUCUUUUUGUUAUCUUCUUGUGCUACAAUGAAGACAAGAUCAGCAAAUUAUAUGCAAAUUAUUUUAAAUUUUGGAAUUAUUGUAAUGGGAUUCUUAUCUCUAUAUGUUUGGUAACCAAAACAUGAGAUGGUGCUUUAAUAAUAAAGAGAAUAAGCAUUACUCUAAAAUUGAAAAUGUUAAUAUUUGUUAAAAAUAAUAAAAUAUCA